AAUAAUUAAUCAAUAAAAAAAAUUAAAUAUCUCUAAAGAAUUUAAAAUAUCUGUAAAAAAAUUAAUUAACAAGCAAAGAAUCUAAUUAAAAUUGAAAUGUUCUAAUAUUCAAUCUAAGCUAGCGAAAUAGAAGAAGGUAUCGAGUUUUUAGGAGACAUAUACCAAGAUUAUGAUAACUUUAAUUAUAAUAAUAAUAAUGGUGAUUAUAAUAAUUAUUAAAAUUUCUAACACCCAACAUAUUACAAUAAUGUCUCUGAUGAAGUAAUUUAACAAACUUCAUCCUUAUUACCUUAAGAAUAACCUCAAAAUUAUCAAUAGCAAUAAUAAUCUAACGAGUAGAAUACAAGCAAUUAAUUAUCUUCAACAAAUCUUAUAAAAAAAUAAACUUAUAAUGAAAAUACCAAAAACUGUCCUAGAGACUACGUAAGAUAACUUAUCUUAAAAAAAAAUACUCAUAAAUUCACCAAAUACUUUAAUAGCAAUAGAAUUACAGAAUAACAAUACUUAGCAUUUUGUAAUAAAUUCUUUAAAAGAAAUAAUGUCACUAUGAAAGCAAUAAAAUAAGCAUUAAAAAAAGACAAUGAUGAUAACUUCUCAUAAGAAUAAUAUUGCUUUUAACAAAUCAUAAUACAUGUUUUACCAUUCAUAAUUCGUAAAAAGAAUGAAAAUAGAAAUGAUGACCAAGUAACCAACGAUUAAUGGAAAUGGGUUUUCCACUUUUUGAGUAACUACAUCUACUCAUGA